GAUGUGAAUGGUGGGAUGAGUUAGGGUCCUAACUCUACAGUAGUUAGCAAAUUAAGUGUCGGUCAAUGGUCCAAAGUGUGUGCCAUCUGCUUUGUCAGAGCAGCUGCAUAAGAUGUUUUGCAGCCAUUCCAUUGAUGACAUGACACUUCCAUUUAUCAUUUCAUAGUUUUUUUUAAUAAACCAUUUCAUGGUUGGAGAGGUUAUCCCAUAAAGUGACAGCUUCCACUUAAUGGAAGUCUCAAUGGAAUAACAAGUGGGGUAGAUGUGGGCCCCUUUUCACGAUUUUGCCUCAUCUCUUUAUUUUUAUUUUUUAGAUAAAAUAUAGAAUUGUAUUAAAAUAAUCAAUUGGACCCACUAUAUGAAAUAGAAAGUGUAUGUCAUUGAUGUGGAGGAAAUGGAAUUGAUAUAAAGUGAAAUGAGAAAAGUUGUUGAUGUGGCGGUAGGGACCACAUAUGAAAUAGAAAUGGUAUUUCGUUGAUCUGGAUGGUCUCAAUGAAGGACAGGGAGAACAAACUCUACAAGGCAAAUUAGAAAUAAAGAUAGUAACAUCACUCAUCUCUUAUCCAAUUGAAAUAAAGAUUUAAUAGAGCUUUUCCAACCAUUUUCUUACCUAUGAUGGAUCUCUCAAUAAUUAGGGAUGGCAAUGGGGCGGGCGAGCACCUUAAUUCCCAUGCGCCGCCACACACUACUACGGGUCGGGGCGGGAAGGGUUGAUAAUACAAUGGAUAAUUGAGUCUUACAAGUUGAAAUAUCGACUAUAACUAGUUGAAGAAAAUGAGUCUAGACCGGGCCGGACGGAUCAGAAGUAGAUACUAUGCCCCGCUCCAUUCUACUGCGGAUCGGAUAAUACCCGCCCCAUCAAGAGUCAAGUCGGGUAAUACCCAAGGGACGGAUUCAAAUUGCAAUCACUAUCUAUAAUGUUAUACUAUGAUGCAUUGCCAUUGACGAUCUAAUGUCAUAAAUGUUUAUCACGAUUUAUAGAUGCUUCUGUUAGGUGUUUGAUCGUGGCUAGGGGUGGUAAAUGGUCGGUAAACGGUUAAACCGGUUUCCGGUACACCGGAUAGCUGAGCAGCCCCACCGUUUUUCGAUACUGUAUUGGUGUCGGUAUACCGAUUAUCGAAUCCUUUCGGUGGCGGUUUUAUUUCGGUAUCCCGAUUACCAAAUGUGAAUAGCCUGGGCACUGGGGACAGCCGGACAGGUGAAUGGUAAUAAUGACAAAUGGUGGGGAAUUGAGUGGGGACCCGAUUAUUAACUUAAUAUCCAAUGGUAAAUGGAUUAAUGGAACUAUGGAAGUCACCAGAUGAUGAAAAACAUUGUCUUCUUCUUCACAACAACACGUCCAGGUCCAGGUUAAGUUGUUCCAUUCAAAACAUGAAAAUAGCUUCUGCGGCGGGGGAAGCUGCACGCACCGGCAGUGUAAUUAAAUUAAACAAACAAAGUAAAAAACCAACAAACAACAAUAGCUGCUGCAACGAGGGAACAUGACAACAAACCUGAAACUGACGGAGAGUGCACCGUCAACGGAAACUGACGGGGAUGCCGCACCGGUGUCGGCGAUGCGGUCGAGCACUAGGGUCGACGGAGAGGACUCGGCGCGGGUUCGACAGAGAGGUUGCGGUGCUGGAGUGGGUUGCUAUGUUGCGGUUCGUCCAUCUGAGUGCGCCGGUGUCUCGAUUGGGGUUCCAAUUCGGCGGCGGGAUUCGUGAUCGUGAGAGUUGGCGGCUGGGUUAGGCAGGCAGAGAGCAAGACUGCGAGAGAGGGGAGGGGAAUUAUUAAUCUGUAAUAACUAAUUCAUUUUCCUAAUAGAGAACCAAUUGCAAGUUUGUAAAUGAGAGAAUACUAUUGUCGCACUGCAUCCUGAAAUUCCGGUAUCGGAAAACCGGAUUUCCGUCGAUUAGCUAGCUUCGGGGUGUCGGUAUACCGCCGUCCCAAAUUCCCAUUCCGACAACCGUUACCACCCGGUUAACGGUUUAACCGGUAAUUGUGGUUAUCGGUACGGUUACCAGUUAACCCGUUAACCGGGAAACCGAAUCACAACCCUAAUCGUGGCAAAAAAAAUUAUGAAUAAUUUUGUAAAUUUUAUCAUCAUAUUUUAAUUUGUGUGCUCGAUUUUGUGUGUUCCUGAAUGUUUUAGAUCUCAUGUUCUUCGAAAAUCGAUUGAGAACCGAUUCACGUGCUGCACUAUGUUUGAUUUGAAGCAUAACAAGAAAUGAGAAAAAAAUCCAAAACUACCACAGUUUUAAAAAAAAUUACAAAAAUACCAUCCAUUCCCAAGAAUUUCCAAAAAUACCACCGUUUAUUAAAAACCGCUCCACUAAGGGGCGGUUAAAUAGAAACCGCACAACCAGGCCGCAGUUUACCUUAGAACCGCCUGGUCAACAUGCAGUCUGCCUUUUCAGGUAAAACCGCUCUUCGAAAGAGUGGGUUUUAUGGCUGCCCUACGAAAAAACGCUUCCUCAGGGAGCGAUUAUAUGUCGACAUGGUAAAAAGCUCCACAGAGAAGCGGUUUACCAUGUCGACACAUAAACCGCUGUCCCCACCAGCGGUUUGUGCCUGGUCACCCGACAUCCGACAUGUCGACAUGCAGGAGGUUGCAGGGUUGGGGUCUGCAUGCCAAACUAAAACCGCUCCCCCCUGCGGUUUGUAAUGUAAAAUUCGCCUAUAAAAGGCUAGUCCAGAAAACUAAAAAUCUUCACUCCAAUCCUCCUUCUUCAAAUUUCAUUUGUGCACCUUUAAAUUAUUUAGUUUUUGCGAUUAACGUUAAUUCGUAAGUUUGUUUUGUAUUACUUUUCAUUGUCCUUCUUAAUUUUUAUGUUAGUAACUUAAUUACAGUUUUAUUGCAGAUGGCAUUCCAAAUGUUCACGCUUGGGUUGCAGUGGAAUGGUUACACUCGUAAGACUCUUAGGAGAGGUAUACAUCUCCUUAGAAACACAAUCUUUUUGACAGAAAAAGAGGGGAUCCGAGGAUCGCUUAGAACCCGAUUUUCCCAGGUCAUGGGAGGAUCAUGAUGAUCGACAUGCAUUUCUUUAUAAAGAGUCUAAAUAGGUGUUGUAUUGUAUUGAUUUAAAUUAUUAAAAAUAAUCAAUAUGAUUAACAAUUAAGUAAUUUGUUGUACAAACAAACAAAUUACGUUAACCAAAUAAAAAUUAUAAGUGAUGAUAAAUAAUAUGUACCUUGUGGUCGUUCCAAACGUCUCUUGAAUGAUGAUUGUCUUGAUCGUAUAAAAUAGUCAGAUCAAU